AUGGUCCACACUGUUAUCGCAAAGUUUGUCGCCAAGCCCGACCAAGGCCCCGCCCUCGCUGCGCUCCUCCGCGAAGCAGCCUCGCACUACCGCAAGGACAAGCUCACCCUCGACUGGUACAUCCUCCAGGACGCAAAGGACCCGCUCAAGUUUGCCGCCGUCGAGCGGUACGUUAACAACAAGGCGGCGCUGGCGGAGCACGCUGGGAACCCUUACUUCAAAACCUUUGGCAAGGCCAUCGGCCCCCUCAUCGCGGCCAAGCCCGAGCUCCAGUUCCUCGACGAGAUUGACGAGGACAAGGCCAAGCUCUAA